AAGGCUACUCAAAUAACUUGCAGUGUUCCUUAGCACAGGCAGACUAAUCCCGAGCCAGCAAUAACCACUGCAUAGGUACUUAGUUGUACGGUUUCCAGCCAUGUCUGAAGGCAAGGCAUUGAAAGUCCGGGUGACUUUUGCUAUUAUUUUAGUCGGCAUUGCUUUAAUGCUUACAGCAGUGGUGACGGAUCACUGGGCUGUGCUGAGUCCGAAGGUGGAGAAGUACAAUACCACCUGUGAAGCGGCUCAUUUUGGGCUAUGGCGCCUCUGUACAAAACGGAUCUAUAUACAAGAAGAGGAGCCAGGCAAGGAUAAGGGCUGCGGGCCAAUCAGCCUGCCAGGAGAACACAACUGUUCAUAUUUCACACACUUUGCCCCGGGAGAAAGCACAGAAAUAUUUGAAGUAACAACGCAAAGAGAGUACAGCAUUUCUGCAGCUGCCAUUGCCAUUUUCAGUGUUGGUUUUUCCAUCAUUGGAACAGUUUGUGUCCUCUUAUCCUUCAGGAAAAAGAUGGAUUAUCUCCUGAAGCCAGCGUCUAUGUUUUACACCUUUUCAGGACUAUGCAUUAUCAUCUCCGUGGAAGUCAUGAGGCAGUCUGUCAAAAGGAUGAUUGACAGUGACGACACUGUCUGGAUUGAGUAUUACUACUCCUGGUCUUUUGCCUGUGCUUGUGCUUCCUUUGUCCUGCUCUUCAUUUUUGGGAUUGGACUUCUGUUUAUCUCAUUGCCUCGCAUGCCCAGGAACCCCUGGGAGACCUGUAUGGAUGCUGAGCCAGAGCAUUAAGUGACUCCAUCUCAGGUUACUUCUUAAGAAGCAUCAAACCCCCCUCCCCAAAAAAGAAGGUCAACUAUAUAUAGAUAUUCUAACAGAUCUCCAGAAGGCAAUGUAAGAUGACAGAAGAAUCUUUGGGUAACAUCUGCUUAUAGAUUCAAAGGGGAGUUUCAUAAAAUGUAUUACUUAACAAAUAAAAAGGGAAGUGUUAAGAUUUUGGCAACAUA